CUUCAGCCAGCAGUGUCAGUGGGAAAUGUUGGUCAACUGGCAGCAGAUCUAGUGAUUUCCACGUUCAACAUGACUAAAGUGGGUUACUUCUACACUGAUUGCCUGGUGCCAAUGGUUGGAAAUAAUCCAUAUGCAACAGCAGAAGAAAACUCAAUGGAGCUGAGUAUAAAUGCUGAAGUGUAUUCAUUACCUUCAAAGAAACUUGUAGUUCUGCAGAUCAGAUCACCUUUUAUAAAGAACAAGUACAGGCCAUUCUGUCAAACACUGCUUUCUUGGGUGAAAAGCAGCAAAUGUGCCAGAGUCGUUCUUCUGUCUAGCAGCCAUGCAUACCAGCGCGAUGAUGAGCAACUUCUUGGGACACCACUACGCUACCUACUUACACCUGAUCUUGAGAAAGCAGUUGGAGGCCUUAUGCAGGAGCUAAACUGGAAAGAAAUGGAAAAAGUAGCUGCUUACCCUGGAAUAAAUGAUACAGAAAAAGUUCUACAUAUUCCUGGAGGUGGCAUCACAAAACUGUUGUUUACUGAGAGCUGUUCAAAAGGAAUCCAAAUGGCAGUUCUUCUGAAAUUCUGCUCAGAAGGGGACAACAUCCCUGAUGCGUUUGCUCUUGUUAACUAUCUUAAUGAAUGGCUCCAGCUAAUUAAAAGCGAAAGCAACAAUUCCACAGAUACUUCUUCACAAUGGAAAAUACCAAGUUCUUGGCGCUUACUUUUUGGCAGCGGUCUGCCACCUGCACUCUUCUGAUCAAUUUUGAAUCCUCCUGUAAGUCACGUGUACAGUCUCAAACAUCCCUUGAGAAGAUGAUUACAUAGUAAUUGCCAAGCAACAGCAGCUUAAUUUGUUGUGUACAUAAAUUCUUUAUUUAAGAAAAAUUCCUCUCACAUAUGUGGGUAGCUAAAGAAAUUAAGGUGACUUUCAUAAAUUGACCGAAGAAAUAUGUUUUGUACAGUUGUUUAUUGAAUAACUUUGGUUGAAUUUUUUUCUAAUAAAAUAUUUUUUAAAAAA